GUCAACGUUACAGGGCAGUACAGGGAUUGUACUGUGUGUGAUUGUACUGACGAGCUCUUCUAAGUCAAAAUUUUACUGUUUUUUUAUGGUUGUCAAAUGUUGGAGUUUUCUCAGUAUAAAAAAUUAAAUAAAAUUUUCAAUCGAAAACUCCGUAAUGUCUAAAAGUGGUACUCAUUCGAUUCCAAAAUGGCAAAUAGCUUUAGUGGCCGGAGCUGCAGUUGGUGCUGUCUCAUUAAGUUACAUGAUUUACAAAAGCCGGUUUAGUAAGAGCUCGUCAAAAGAAGUCAAGGAAAAUGGUAAAAUAAAAGAUAAGAAAGUAAAGAAAGAUGCAUCUGAAGAACCAGAAACACCUUUGCAGAAGGUUAUUAACUUCAAAGAUGAAGGGAAUGCGUUAUUUAAAAAGGGCAAAUAUGAUGAAGCAAUAUCUUUUUACACACAAGCGAUUUUCCAAUGUCCAGAAGGUUUUCCAACUGAUUUGGCGACAUUUUAUCAAAACCGUGCUGCUGCUUAUGAACAAUUAAAGAAAUGGAGUGCUGUUGUUGAAGACACAACCAAAGCUCUUGAAUUCAACCCUAAAUAUGAAAAAGCUUUGUCAAGAAGGGCCAGGGCAUUUGAAUCUUUAGGAAAACUAGAAGAAUGCCUGGAUGACAUAACAACUGUUUGUUUAAUUCAACAUUUCCAAAAUCAACCUGCCCUUAUGAUGGCAGACAGAGUUUUGAAAGAAUUGGGUAAACAACAUGCAAUUGAAGCAAUCAAGAAUAGAAAACCGAUGCUUCCAUCAAAACACUUUGUUAAAAGUUACUUUAUUUCAUUUUCUUCUGAUCCAGUUUAUGAGAAGCUCAUGGAUAGUUCUACUCCUAUUGGAGAGGGAGAUGUUAGAGGUUUUUUGAGGGCUAAGUUGGCAUUUGCUACCGAAAAUUUCGAGGAAAUCAUACCUGCCUGUACUGAAGAAAUAAAUUCCAGUGAAUCUGAGUCUGAAUAUUAUCUAGAAGCAUUAUCUUUACGUGCAUCAUUCCAUUUACUUUGUGCAUCACAUAAAGAGGCAUUUGAUGACUUAAAAGCUGCCAUAGAUACUGUUGAUGCUGAUGUGAAAAUCAAAGUUAAUUGUCUCAUCAAACGGGCGUCACUUUAUAUGCAAAUGGGGGAAAAUGAGAAAUGCCUUGAAGACUUUGAAACAGCUGCUGAACUGGGACCUGAAAUUUCAGAUGUUUAUCAUCAUCGGGGUCAAGUGAAACUUUUGAUGGAAAAAACAACAGACGCAAGGCAAGAUUUUGAAAAAGCAGUAACUCUGAAUCCCAAUUAUGCAAUUGCUUAUGUACAAAAGUGUUACACGGACUACAGAUACGCCCUUAUGACCCAGGACGUGAAUCUUUUGACUCAGUCGUUAGGAAACUUUAGAAGAGCUACAGAGAAGUUCUCAAAUUCCUCAGAAGUCUACAUUUUGUUUGCUCAAGUCCUGACUGAAAGACAAGAAUUUAGUCAAGCUGAGAAAUUAUAUACAAAAGCAGCAGAAUUGGAUCCCAGCAAUGCUACCAUUUUGGUGCACAGGGGCCUUUUACAACUUCAAAUUGAAGGCAAAUUCGAAAAGGCCGUCGAACUGAUGAAAGAAUCCAUAAAACUGGAUGAAAAAUGCGAGUUUGCCUAUGAGACAUUAGCAACUGUUGAAGUGCAAAGGGGUAAUCUUUUACUUGCAAUUGAAUUGUUCGAUAAAGCUAUUGCCUUGGCUAGGACGGAAAUGGAAAUGACUCAUUUGUUUUCGUUAAGAGAUGCCGCAGCAUCACAGCUGAGAGUUACAAACAGGUUGAAUAUUGGACCACAACUCCUGAAGACAUAGAAAUGUAAAAAUUGUUGUAAAAUUACUGUACUUAUGGAUGUGAUGCCAUGCCCUGUAAAAAUACAAAUUAAUCUGUUAAUAAAUUGUGUAGCAUUUAAAAUAAAACAGUUUUGUAAAGUUUA